GUUUUUGAAUUAUUUAUAUUUCUUCCUAACCUACAAAUAAGUUGUGGGAUCUUUUAUCUUUAUUAUUUUUAAAUUAAAAAUCUAAAUAUAGCGAUAAGGAGUUUUUUUGACUCUUUGACAUGUUCGUUAUCGAAAAUUAAAUAUUCGGUCAAUCGUAGGCCAAACAUUCCCGUAAGUACAUCUACUCGCACCGAUUCUUUCCAGUUUUCGUUUAGUCGCAAUUUAAAUUUUUUAAAUUAAAAUGGGCGGAAAAUUCACCAAACUCGAUCCUAUGCAAGUUGAAGUACCAGACAUUGAUGCAUUACUUAACAGAGAUCCCUAUUUAAGACCGUACGAGAAAGAAAUCCGGCGAAGGUAUGCUUGCUUCAAAGAUAUCGAAGAUUCUAUUGAGGAAAACGGUGGAGGAUUAGACAACUUCACGAAAGCUUACAGAUAUUACGGUAUCAAUAUUCAGCCGGAUAACACCAUUAUUUGCAGAGAAUGGGCUCCCGGAGCGCAGCAAUUAUUUUUAACGGGAGAUUUUAACGGCUGGAAUAGAGACAGCCAUCCGUACAAGAAACUGGAAUACGGAAAAUGGGAAUUAAUCUUGCCGCCUAAGGAAGAUGGUUCUCCUGCCAUUCAACAUUUAUCGAACCUUAAAAUUGUUGUACAAAAUGGGGAAGGCCACAAAGAAGACAGACUGUCACCUUUCGCUACUUACGUCGUGGAACCCCCUAAAGAAGAAGGAACGAUCUACAAACAAAAAUUCUGGAAUCCUCCACAAACCGAGAGGUACAUAUUCAGACACAAGAAAGUUCCGAGGCCUAAAAGCCUUAGAAUCUACGAGUGCCACGUGGGAAUCGCCACUCAAGAACCUACGGUGGGAUCGUACGAUAAUUUCACCGAUAAUGUCCUGCCCAGAAUCGUCAAAUUGGGCUACAAUUGCAUCCAACUCAUGGCCAUCAUGGAACACGCCUACUACGCCAGUUUCGGAUAUCAGGUAACCAGUUUUUACGCCGCUUCGAGUAGAUACGGUACCCCGGAACAGCUAAAAAGACUAGUAGACAGGGCCCACGAGCUGGGAAUCGUAGUGUUGCUGGAUAUAGUCCAUUCGCACGCCAGUAAGAACGUCUUAGAUGGCUUGAAUAGAUUCGAUGGUACCGAAGCGGGCUACUUCCAUUCGGGUCCCAGAGGUGAACACUCCUUGUGGGAUUCCAGGCUGUUCAAUUACUCGGAAUUCGAAGUGCUGCGCUUCCUGCUGUCGAAUCUCAGAUGGUACAUGGAGGAGUACCAGUUCGACGGGUUCCGAUUCGACGGCGUCACAUCCAUGUUGUACCAUUCGAGGGGCAUCGGGCAAGGUUUCGGCGGCCACUACGACGAUUAUUUCGGCAUGGGGGUCGACACCGAAGGUUUCGUGUACCUCAUGAUGGCCAAUCACAUGAUCCACAAGUUCCACAACGACGCCAUCACCAUCGCGGAGGACGUCUCCGGCAUGCCGGGCACCUGCAGGCCCGUCACCGAGGGCUGCAUGGGAUUCGAUUACAGAUUGGCGAUGGCUAUUCCGGACAAAUGGAUCGAACUGUUGAAGCACAAAUCGGACGAGGAUUGGGAUGUGGGCAACAUCGUUCAUACUCUCACUAACAGACGUUGGAUGGAGGGUAACAUCGCGUACGCUGAAUCUCACGAUCAGGCUUUAGUCGGUGAUAAAACUCUCGCCUUUUGGCUAAUGGACAAGGAAAUGUACACCCACAUGAGCACCUUGUCGGAUCAAUCUCUCAUCAUCGACCGGGGUAUAGCUUUGCACAAGUUGAUUCGGUUCGUGACGCACACGCUGGGGGGCGAGGGUUAUCUGAAUUUCAUCGGCAACGAAUUCGGCCAUCCGGAGUGGCUGGACUUUCCGCGGGCGGGCAACAACAGUUCCUACCAUUACGCCAGGAGGCAGUGGAAUCUCGUCGACGACGACAUACUCAAGUAUAAGUACCUGAACAACUGGGAUAUCGCUAUGAAUCACGCCGAAAUGAAGUACGGGUGGCUGGCGGCCAAUCCGGCCUAUGUCAGCAUGAAGCACGAUGGAGAUAAAGUGAUAGCGCACGAAAGGGCGGGAGUGCUUUUCGUUUUUAAUUUCCAUCCGACGAAAAGUUUCACGGAUUACAGAAUUGGCGUUGAAGAUGCGGGAACUUAUAGAAUCGUGCUUUGUACUGAUGAUCAGGAAUUCGGGGGUUUCGGGAGGAUCGAUAAAUCGGUUAAUUUCGUAACGGUUCCCGAGGGGUAUUCCGGAAGGAGGAAUUAUGUACAGGUCUACAUACCUAGCAGGACAGCUAUAGCUUUAGCUAAAUUUUAAGAGUAAAUAUUUAUAUUCAAUCAAUAUAUUUUCAUUUGAAACUUUUAUCAAGUGGUUGUUGCAAUAAAAUGUGCCAUAAAUGGACUAAAUAAAUGUAAUUAAAUUACAAAAAUUACUAAAAAUGAACUCUUUUGUUGGUGUUAUUGAAUUUUAUAAUAUUGUAAUCAUAUUUUUGUUGAAUAAAAGUAUAUUUUCCUUA